AUUGGAUUCAUGGAAUUGACCCUUUUUUUUUUCUUCUUGAUUUCAAUUGUUUACGUUGGUCUGCGGGUCCCAUUCCUUUGGAUUCCUUUUUCUCUACUUCCCCUUUUCGAUGAAUUUUGCCGUUUCCCCAUUCGUUUUCUGCUUCUUCCACUUUUAACUUGGAAACUCCAAAUUCUCUCUUGAGAUGCAGUGAUCCGAGCCCGCGCUCUUAACGGCUACUCCGUUUCUUCUACCCUUCUACGUUAAUCUGUUUGGCGAUUGGUUGCGUGGAAGUUACUGGAUUUUUCAAGAUCAGAAGUCAUAUAAAUUCUUGAACGAAGCCACUACGCUUUGUAUCCUCUACUGGGAACAGAUUAAAAAUUACAGAGCGGUAUCGGUUUCACAGUGUGUAUUGCAUGCCGGGCGCUUCAGAGCUCUUUUACGGGAGGAGGUCGCGAAUAGGCCGAAGCACUCCUGAAUCAGGAGGAAUAGGGUUCAGCGACGCUUCCGAUCGGAACCCCCACCAUCACCCCCACCAUAACAACAACAGCCAUAAUCAUCGUCACCACCAUAGUCGUCAUCGAAGCAGCCACGAUGUCAGGCCUCUUUGCUAUCGCACUUUUCAAUCUGAGCGUGAAUCAGUUCGAAUAGAAAAUGGUGCUAGCCAAUCUGGUGCAAGCAAUGAUACCAGUGCAGAAAUUUCUAGUAGUAGAGCCAGUAGACUGAGAUUCACUAGGAAUGACAGGCUUCCUGGAGCUGUACUACUGGCACGGGAAAGGCUUGUUGAAAGACUAAGAGGUGUCUCUCUCUCUGUUAACAGACAAGGUGGCAGAGCAUCAUCAGGCAUCUCCUGGGAUGAGUUUGCAGUUAGCGAUGACUUUAGGCUCAUCGAUGCUGGGGACUGGGAUACUGAGGCCCCAAGAGAUUGGUUCCCUUUUAGUGGUUCUGAUUCCCAAGUGGGUCUAUCAUCCUUGCCAGGAUUGAGCCACAAGAAGCCACCAGGACUCAGCAGGGAGGAGGUGAAGUGUCUUCACCGUGAGGUCUUCGGCCAGAUGAGCAUAAGUGAUGAGAGGAUGGUACCAAGUACAGCAAAGGAGUGUAGUAUAUGUCUGGAGAAAUUCCAGGAAAGAGAUUUGCUGGUUUGCCUGCCUUGUGAGCAUAGGUUCCACUCUGCUUGCUUAGAGCCAUGGGUGCUGACUCGUGGGGAUUGCCCGUACUGUCGAACAGGUGUAAUUGUUGGUGAUCACGUAGUGGGAACGAAUAUACUACCAUGAGCAAACUGAGAUGAGAUGUUCUGUUUUCACUGUAUACUGUAGGACUAAUUGUCUGUUUGGACUCUUUGGUUCUCCACCCUUUUUUGCCCAUUAAGAAGUCAAACUUUCCUUUUUUGUAGACCUUCUCUGUAUUCUAAACACUUCUGCUGGGUGGCUAAUCCUGUAGCUAAACGCCUGGUCAACUUGUAUGCGGCAUGGAAAUAUUCUCACCCGUACCCUCUCAGACUCAAUUAUUAAUGAGAAAUCUUAAUUCUAGGCUUAAUCUAA